UCCAAAUUAGGGAAGAAAGAGAGAAAAUUAGGGAAGUAGAGAGUCUCAUCUAUGGUGCGAUUCCGCAUGCGGUGCCCUCAUAAUUCCGUAAAACAGAUACCUGGCGAGAAUAGGGAGAAGACCAGACUUUGGUUUGGGUUUGGGUUUGGGAGGUUGGGCCCCACCAACUAAACAGACAAAACUCCAUGAUGAUUAACGCCGCGCCUGAUCCUAAAAUCUUUUCUGCUGCAUGCGCCUUGUAGUCUUGUGCUGCAGACCUACCUAUUCAGGAAUCUCAUUACCCUAACAAACCCUUUAAUGGCCCAUCAUCUUCAAUUCCACACACAGCAAUCAUGGCCGCCUCCGCCGGAUUCGAACCGCGCACAUAGAGAAGAUUUCACUAUUAGUACAGUCCCUUUCGAUAUCCAUUCUGUCAGCCCUGAGGAGGAUAUUGCUUCUGUAGACGAUAUGAAGAGGCACACUGUGACUGAAUCGGUUGACGGUAAGGCGGGUAAAAAUAAAAAUGAAAGUAAGCAGCAGAAUUCCAAUGCUGCAAAGGCGCGAUCUAGUAAUACGGAAUAUCAAACUCAGCCGGAGCAUGAGAUUCACAUCUGGACGGAGCGCGAGAGGCGCAAGAAGAUGCGUAACAUGUUCUCCAGUCUUCACGCCCUUCUGCCACACUUACCACCGAAGGCAGACAAGUCGACAAUAGUGGACGAGGCGAUCAGCUACAUAAGAUCACUUCAGCGGUCCUUCCAGCUAUUGAGAAGCCAAAAAAUAGACAAGGAGACUCGAGCCGGUGCCAUAGUAACAGGAGGCACCAUUUUCAAGCACAGAGAGCAGGAUCAGAAUUUAAAUUUGGAGGGCACGGGAGUCGAACCCUGGACCUCCCAACCAACACUGUGUCCUGCAACUGCACUUGAGCGUUAUAACUUCCAAACAUGGGCAUCUCCGAAUGUGGUGUUGAGUGUGUGUGGAGAAGAUGCUCAGAUAGCAAUAAUUUGCACACCCCCAAAACAAGGCAUGCUCUCCACAAUUUUCUACAUUCUGGAAAAGCAUAAGCUGGACGUCGUCACUGCACAUAUCUCCUCUCAUCAUUGCAGAAGCAUGUAUAUGAUUCACGCCCAUGUUAAUGGCGGGGAAUACUUGGAAUCAACUCCUAGCUGCGAAGAAGCAUUUAAAUCUGCCAUAGGAGAGCUCAUGUUUUAUUUUUAGCUGCGCUGCAAGAAUUGGGAAAUCACUGUACAUGGAAUUUUUUCCUUUUUCUAAGUUGGAAACACCGCUUCCUUCUUUGCCAAGAAACUGUAACAACUACUAUGAUUAUUUCUUACUAUGAUAAAAAAACGUCAAUACAAAUGUAAAUCUACAUCCUUAUAGCAAUUUCUGUGGUCUGCUUCUUGAGACUCAAAACUACUAGAGAAUGUGUCAAACCGAGAGCUGCAAAACUGCUUAUUCAUUUGUGGUAUGUAUAAAUACAUAUUUGGGACAAUCUAUGUG